CAGCUAGCUGUCUGCCCGGCUCAGUGUCUUUGUCUCUCUCCGUCAAGAUCAGCAGCUAGCUAGUUUAGGCGGGAGCUACUGAACCAUGGCGGCUUCGGACCGCUACGCGACCUUUGCAAACUUUGGCGGUGGGUUCAAGGACAAGUCAACACGGCCGCAGAUCACUAAAGUUCUCCUUGCAGAGUGCAUCAAGCGGAGACUGCCGUCAAAACAUUACGUGUAUAAGAUGAUUGUGGAGUGGACGUCAGGAACCUCAUCUAUUGUCUACAGACGAUACAGCAUGUUCUUUGACUUUCAGGUGAAAUUGCAGGAGCUCUACCAGUGCCUGUGCCAGAAACACCCUCAGUUGGUGCAGAAAGUGCCACACCUUCCAGAACUGCCUGGAAAGAUCAUGUUUGGGCGCAGUCACAUUCACCAAGUGGCUGAGAAGAGGAGAGGAAAGAUUGAAGAGUUUUGUCAGCAAGUUGUUUCUCUCCCGCCAGAGAUCUCCCACACCAACCUGGUGAUGGGAUUCUUCAACACCUGGCCAGACGACACAAUGCUUCCCCAGCACUCUGAGUCAGUCUCCUCCACUUCCUCCUAUUCCUCCCCCUCUCGUCUCCUAUCCCCCACCUCCCCCACCUCUCCGUCCUCACUCUCGGCACAAAACUCCACCCCUUCCCCCACACUUGGACACAGCUCUGGUUCUGCUACUGAGGCUGUCAUCUCCCACCCGGACGAGAUGGAGAACCUGGAGCAGUACGGUGUCCUGGCUGACUACCGUCGGAAGGACUCCCAUCAGGUCAACCUGAGCGAGGGCCAGGUGGUCCACGUCAUCGAGAAACACGACACCGGCUGGUGGAUGGUGAUGUCGGACGACGAGCAGGGGUACGCCCCGGCAGCCUACCUGGAGCCGGUGGAGGGACUGAGGAAGCAGCACAAUGUGGAGCAGCAGAGAAUGGAGACUGAGAACAGCAUAUGUGAAGAGUACGAGGCCAUGGAGAGCUACAGUGCACAGAGUGAAGACGAAGUAACAUUCAAGACUGGAGACACAAUACAAGUCCUCAGCAAAUCACUCGACGGCUGGUGGAAAAUUAGGUGUAACAAUAGAGUAGGUAUGGCACCGUCUGCCCUUAUAAGAAAGCCGAUGGAAGUCCCACAAGUGCCGAGUGAUGAUGUAAUAUACGAGUCACACAAGUCAAUCUACGAGGGACUCAAUCUUCAUAAGCCACCCCCAAGAAGAAACACAAUAGAACGGAACUACAGCCACCUCCCUCCCAAACAAGAGGUGUACGCAGUCCCUCGUCCCAACCCCCCAUUGGUCAAAAUGGCAACCGACCCCAUCAUCUCACACACCGGCGACGACAAUAUUGACCACGACUACAUGGAGCCUCCGCUGGAGCUAACGAGCGAGGACGAGGAAGACCCUGGUUAUUACCGGGUCCCACGAUCCCUCCAGAGCAGCAUGAGUGACACCACCUGCAACAAGUGGAACGGAAGCAUCUACAGUCCUCCGCCGCCCAGUGAGGACUCCACCUCCAUUGCCGGAGGCCAGCAGAGAGACUCGGGGAGCAGUGGGGGAGACCCUCCAAUUUUCCCAGAGAGGGACGACGUCGGGGGAGGGAUCUACGAUGCGGUGCCCGAGGAGUCCUCUCAUUACGAGAUGGAGACGACAGGGGCUCCCGAUUCAGCUGCACCGGUCUACCAGAACGCGGACGAUGCCAGGGCUGAGGCUGAGGCAUUCAAGAGCUCAAGGUCAAACAGCACAGAGCUACUGAAUGUCACUGGUGGAGGUGGGCAGAUUAGUAGUGGUCCAGUCUCACCCCUCACAGCCUCACCCCCUCCCCACUCUCACACUACUCCUUCAAGUGAACCACAUCAGGACGACGGGGACUAUGUGGACAUUGACCAACACGAUGAGUAUGUGGACCCAGGAGAGCUGAUGGGUGGUGGAGAGAGCAGUGCUGGAGACUCCGUCCCUCCCACCAGCCCUUCCUUUGACCUCUUCAAACCCCUCCCAAAGCCCCCACUGCCCACCUCUGACCCUCCCAAGAAGAAACCAGUGAUGGCAAAGAGCAAGUCUCUGGGCAUGGAGCUGUAUGAUGAUGCAAUGGAGGAUGAGUACAUCCCAAUGGACCCCAUAUAUACUGAGCCUCCUGUGGACGAGACUGAGCAGCCAGCUACACCCAAUCCAGCACCGAGCCAACCACAACAACAACAACACCAGAAACAGCAGAAGCAGUCAAAGACCCCUGCCCCAUCCACUCCUUCCUCCACCUCCUCCUCCUCCUCCUCCGCCUUCUUUGCCUCCUCUCCCUCCCCCGCUGGAGGGAAAACCAAGAAAGGCUACUCGAAGAUCAAAGUGGCAAGAGACAAAGUCCAGAUAUCUAGCCCCGUCUUAGUGGAGAUGAACAGUGUGGGUCUCUCCAAGGCCAAGAGUCUGGAGGACCUCCUGUCAGCAGCCAGCAGUCGUGAAUCAUCUCCUCAGAGGCACGGGAGUCCUCACAGCGAGAGGAAGGCCAGCCCGGCCCGGUUCCCCAUCCUCCCUCCACUCCCAGUUCCUCCCGGGGGGAAAGGGAAGGACGCGGAAACCCCACGAACUGGCAACAGCGGCGUCGUAAAACGGAAACUGGGGAAGGUAAAGUCGGCGGGGAAGGUGGGAGGGAAGAGAGCGUCGGAGACUCCGUUGGUUAGCGGAGUACCCCACCACAUCCUGACUCAGUCCAGUUCCCCGCCGCGCGACCCCUCCCCAGAGCACCGCGGGGUGACCCACACCACCUCCGUACCCACCCCUCCCCCGUUCCCCCCACCUCCCACCACCGGCGGGAGAAAACACUCAAAGGACUCGACAAACAGCGGUCACCACCUAAGGACGUACGUGGCACUCACCAGCUACCAGAGCAGUGUGAACGGGUCCCUCAGUUUCCAGGCGGGUGACAAGUGUGUGCUACGGAGGAAGACGCCAGAUGGUUGGUGGCUGGUCAACAUUGGAGGCAGAGAGGGAUGGACUCCCGAGGUCUACUGGAAAGAGGAGGCUUGGACCCAGACCACCACGAUAGCUCGACCCCCAGGCCCUCCCCCCACUGUCCCUCCUCUCCUCCCGCCGGAGAGAAAACCUCGCAGCCACACAGUCGACGCCAUCGGCGGGGGUCUGCCCCUGGUCGUUUCCCGGCAGCUGGAGCUGAGCUCGAGUAUGGAGGGCAGUCUGGAGGCCAGCAGUCAGUCGAGCUGGGGUGGCAGUAUCGAGGAGGAGACCACACCAAGAGGAGACACAGCUGAGACGAGCAGGAAAACAACUCCCCCUCCACCUCCACCGCAGAACACCAAACCUGGCCGGAGAGAGCCGCCACUACCCAAACCAAAACCAGGCACCGGUAACCCACAAAGAAAGAAGGGCGAUAGAAAACCGCCCGUGCCUCACAAACCAACCAACAUCUCGUCUGCGGGGCCCGGACCCCGAACGACCCCUCGGGCCACUUCUCCACAGAGCUGCUCCUCCUCGUCCUCUCCUCCCCUCCCGCGACGCCGCAGCGAGGACACGCCCUCCCCUCCCCCUCCCCCCGCCCCUUACUUAUCUCAAAACCAACGAAGACUCAACGCUGUCCAGAUGGCAAAUGGUGGAGACACCGCUACCACCAGUAAUGCCCACAGCGAGUACGUGAUGCUGGAAAACGCCCGGACCUUAGACCCACUCGAGUCAUCUCCAUGGUUCGUGGGCAAGAUGGAGAGAGUCAGUGCUGAGCAGUUCCUCAUGGAGCAUGGCAGACAGAGAGAGUUUCUGGUCAGAGAGAGAACUGCAAAAGAUGGAUACUAUGCCCUCUCCAUUCGAUACCACUACAGUUGCAAGCACUUCAACAUAGACCCGACGGAACAGGGCCAGUACAUGAUAGGCACCCUGACGUUUCCCGCCAUCUCAGACAUCAUUCACCACUUCCAGAACAACUCCCUCUUCAUACACGAGAACCAACACGUGACUCUAUCCACCCCGGCUCGCCGGAGAACGCGAGGUGCCUCAGACAUUCGCGCACACUCGUGAUCCACGUCACUUUUCAACCCUCUGUUUGUACCAUUAUUAUACCGUUGUUUGGAGUUAGCAUUUUCCCCCUCUAUUUGUCACUAUCUGUUAUAGAGUCGUCUUGACGUAUAUAUAUAUAUAUAUACACCUGUUGUGAAUCUCUCUGUUGUAAACUCUUUGUGUGCACAAAAAUUAUUGAGAAUCUGUAUAAAUCUUUGUCUCAUGAAUAAAGGCGAACAAGUUCACUAAUGGCACCAACGUGUAAGAAUGCAAGGCAGUGAAUGAAGAAAUAUGUUAGCUAUUUUUGUUAUUAGGACAGUGUUUCAGUAUACCAGUAUGCAUUGUUUAGUAUAUAGACAUGCUUAUUGCACCAUGCAAAUUUGACAACAUUAC